UUUUCCUCUGUUCUCUUUCUCUCUUCUAUGAAAGAUUUCAUACUUAAUUAUAUAUAUAUGCAUAUUUAUGUGUGUGCAUAUAUCGAUGAAUAUCAUGGUGUGGUGAUAUGUGUUUGUGGUUAAAGAUGAUAUAGAGAUUUCUUAAGAGUUUCACAUAUGUCAAUGAAUUUUUUUUUUGGUUGCUAAAAUAUGUCAACGAAACUUUGCAUGUGAAUUUUAUCAUUUUAAGGUUUCGAGGUUGAUAAAAGGGCUUCCAAGAAAUGAUGAACGUAAAACCAAUGGAGCAAAUUAUGAUUCCUAAUAAUAACACUCAUCAAUCAAACACCCCGUCCAUUGCAAGGCCAAACACCGUUCUCACAUCCAGCGGCGGCGUCUCCGCCGGCGUAAGCAACAGCAACAAUACGUCGGUUGUGGUGGAGAGGAAAUCAAGACCACAAGAGAAAAUAAAUUGUCCAAGAUGUAACUCAACCAACACAAAAUUUUGUUACUACAACAACUAUAGUCUCACGCAACCAAGAUACUUCUGCAAAGGUUGUCGGAGGUACUGGACCGAAGGUGGAUCUCUCAGGAAUGUCCCUGUCGGUGGAAGUUCAAGAAAGAACAAGAGAUCAUCAUCAUCAAACAUCCUUCAGACAACACCAUCUUCACUUGGUUUGACUACAACACUUCCAGAUCUAAACCCACCAAUUAUCUUCUCAAACCAAAUCCCUAAUAAAUCAAAAGGGGCAUCACAAGAUCUCAACAUGUUGUCUUUCCCGGUCAUGCAAGACCAACAUGUUCACAUGUCUAAAUUUCUUCAGAUGCAUAAGAUGGAAGGAAAUGGCAAUAUGACUCAUCAACAGCCGUCAUCUUCAUCUUCUCUCUAUGGUUCUUCGUCGUCUCCUGUUUCAGCGCUUGAGCUUCUAAGAACAGGAGUUAAUGUUUCAUCAAGAUCAGGGAUUAACUCUUUUAUGCCUUCUGGUCCAAUGAUGGAUUCUUCAAACAAUGUGAUGUACACUUCUUCAGGGUUUCCAACGAUGGUGGAUUACAAAACAAGUAAUCUCUCUUUCUCUACUGAUCAUCAAGGGCUUGGACACAACAACAACAACAACAACAACAACAACAACAACAACAACAACAACAGUUCUGGUGAUGCUCAUAGUGAUCAUCAUCAAGGUAGGGUUUUGUUUCCCUUUGGGGAUCAAAUGAAGGAGCUUUCAUCAAGCAUAACACAAGAAGUUGAUCAUGAUGAUAAUCAACAACAGAAGAGUCAUGGUAAUAAUAAUAAUUCAAGCCCUAAUAAUGGAUACUGGAGUGGGAUGUUCAGUACUACAGGUGGAGGAUCUUCAUGGUGAAGCAACAUGAUCAAAAGAGAUUAUGAAAAUUAUCUUUCUAAUUCUCUUUCAUGAUAUUUUGCCUUACAUAGUCACAUGGGGGUACUUUAGUUAAAGUUGUCAGAACUUAACUAUCACAACAUAGUUUUUUUUUAUCUUUUUAAUCAAAUAUUUAUUAAAUAUUUUGUAACUGGGUUUGACGGUAAUUUGGGUUGGUUUUUCA